AUGAAAACUAGAGAACCCUCUAAAACUGUUGUUUUCGUUGCAAAUCUUCCUUUUUCUAUUGAUGAUGAUGGUUUGAAGGACAUCUUCAAAAAUUAUAACGUAACCUCUGCUCACGUCGUUCGUCAUCGUGUAAGUGGACGCCCAAAGGGUUUUGGAUUCGUAGAAUUGAGUGAUGAAGAAGAACAAAAGAAAGCCCUUGAAGAAUUAAAAAAUGUUGAAUCAGAAGGUAGAGUAUUGGUCAUUAAAGUUGCAAUAAGUUCAACCAAUAAUGAGAAGAUUAAAAUUGCAGUCAGCACAACAGCUUUAUCCUCGGUUGCUGUUUUCUGA